UUAGAGGAAGCAAAGAAGAACCAUGAGCCCAUUUAUGUUCACUGUAAAGCUGGAAAAUCACGUUCAAUCACGGCUAUCUUGGCUUAUCUUGUUACUUCAGAAAGAUGGACCUUGAAACAAGCCUAUCGUCAUGUUAUUAAGGCUAGACCUACGAUGUCACCCAAUAUUGGAUUUAUAACAGAACUUAUGAAGAUGGAG